AUGGCAGAAAUAGUGGACGUACCCGAGGCGAGUCUGCGCAAUCUAAUCGCACAGAAGUCACUGCAAUGGAUCUUUGUUGGUGGAAAAGGCGGAGUAGGUAAGACUACCACGUCCUGUUGUCUGGCUAUCCAGCUAGCAGCGCAACGUGAGAAGGUGCUCAUUGUGUCCACAGAUCCUGCACAUAAUCUCAGUGAUGCAUUUGGGCAAAAGUUCACGCGAGAGCCAAAGCCCGUAAACGGGAUCUCCAAUUUGGCAGUGAUGGAGAUCGACCCGAAUGUGGACUUGGAAGAGAUGAAUGCUGACGGUGUACAAGAUAAUUCUGGUAUGGCCUCAUUCAUGAAGGACUUGACUAAUUCCAUUCCUGGUAUCGACGAGGCAAUGAGUUUCGCUGAGCUCAUGAAGCAGGUGCAAAAUAUGGACUACUCGGUCAUCGUAUUUGAUACAGCACCAACCGGCCACACACUGCGGCUGUUAAGCUUUCCCACAGCACUAGAUAAGGCUUUUGACAAGAUCAUGUCCCUCAAGAACCAGUUUUCAGGGGUAUUUUCUCAGGUCUCCGCGCUCCUGGGAGGUGCGUUGCCUUCUCAGGAAAUGCUGCUUGGCAAACUAGAGCAAACACGUGAGGUCAUUCAAAAAGUAAAUGCGCAGUUUAAGGACCCGGAACGCACAACAUUUGUGUGUGUUUGCAUCCCUGAAUUCCUGUCACUAUACGAGACCGAGCGGUUAGUGCAGGAGCUCACGAAGUACGAAAUCGACGUUCACAACGUCGUAGUAAACCAAGUGCUAUACCCGGAGGAGGGCUCGAAAUGCAAAAGCUGCAGUGCCCGUCAGAAUAUGCAGCAAAAGUAUAUUGACCAAAUCUACGAUUUGUAUGAGGAUUUUCACGUGGUCGAGAUGCCACUGCUGACUGAAGAGGUUCGUGGCGUGCCGUCUCUAACAAGUUUUUCUAAGUACCUUUUAGCACCCUUUGAGCCCGAUCACUAA